AACCUGUUAGUUAGUUAGGUACAUAAGGAUAAAUAAUUUGAAUCAGUUGCCGAAAAAGAAAUUGCCAUUGCCGAUCCAAGAGAGCUCGGAAAUGGAGGCUCCGCAAGGUGGAUCCGGAUCUGACAGGGACAAUCCCUCAGUUUCUCCGAUCUCCGUCGUCUCCGCCUUCUGGAAAGAUUUUGAGCUGGAGAAGGAGAAAUCAGUAUUGGAUGAGCAAGGGCUUCGCAUUGCAGAGAACCAGGAGAACAGUCACAAAAAUAGGCGCAAACUUGCUGAGAACACUCGAGACUUUAAGAAAGCUUCGCCUGAGGAUAAGUUAAGUUUGUUUAAUAGCUUGCUCAAGGGAUACCAGGAAGAGGUUGAUAAUCUUACUAAGAGAGCGAAAUUUGGAGAGAAUGCUUUUCUCAACAUCUACCAAAAGCUCUAUGAAGCUCCAGAUCCUUAUCCAGCUCUUGCAUCGAUUGCUGAGCAAGAUAUCAAGUUAUCUGAGUUAGAAUCUGAGAACAGAAAAAUGAAAGUUGAGCUCGAGGAAUUCAGGACAGAGGCAACUCAUUUGAAGAAUCAGCAGGCUACAAUACGAAGGCUUGAAGAGAGAAACCGGCAAUUAGAGCAACAGAUGGAAGAGAAAGUGAAAGAAUUUGUGGAAAUUAAGCAACGCAGUUUGGCAGAAGAGAACCAGAAAACUCUGGAAGUUUUGAAAGAAAGGGAAGAAGCACUGCAGGAGCAGUUGCGGCAUGCCAAAGAAAGUGUUUCGAACAUGCAGAAAUUACAUGAACUUGCACAAAACCAAUUAUUUGAACUCCGUGCCCAAUCCGAGGAAGAGAGGGCAGCUAAGCAAUCAGAGGUCAACCUUCUGAUGGAUGAAGUUGAACGAGCACAAGCAAUGCUUCAUGGUUUGGAAAGAGAGAAGGGGGUCCUCCGGUCUCAGUUACAAACAGCUAACGAAGCAAGUGAAAUUAAGAAAAGUGACAAUUUAGACUCAAAUAGUGUGCUUGAAAAUUCUUUAAAUGCUAAGGAGAAGCAAAUCUCGGAACUGAACAUGGAGCUGCACAAUAUUGAAACAACCUUAUCAAAUGAAAGAGAAGAACAUAUGAAUGAUGUCAAGAAACUUACUGCAAUGCUCAACGAAAAGGAGGCUGCUCUUGAAGCAAUGAAGAAAGAGCUUCUAGCAAGGCCAACAGAAAAAAUGGUAGAUGACUUGCGUAAGAAAGUGAAGAUUUUGCAGGCUGUGGGAUAUAAUUCAAUUGAGGCUGAAGACUGGGAAGUGGCUACAAGUGGGGAGGAGAUGAGCAGGAUGGAGUCUCUACUGCUUGAUAAGAACCGUAAAAUGGAGCAUGAGCUGACACAGUUGAAGGUCACACUUUCUGAGAAAACAUCCUUACUGGAAACAGCAGAACAGAAGAUAACAGAACUUACAGCAAUGGUUAAUGAGCAACAGAAGUUGAUACAGAAGUUGGAAGAUGAUAUAUUGAAGGGAUAUAGUUCCAAUCCCAAAGAUCGCAAAGGAAACUUCCUUGAUGACUGGGAUCUUUCAGAAGCUGGCAGUGGUGAGACAUCUGAGAGUACAGACCAAAGGCAAGUAUCCUUAGACCCGGAUCAGAGCUCAAUGCUUAAAGUGAUAUGUAAUCAGCGAGAUCGAUUUAGGGCACGCUUGCGAGAGACUGAAGAGGAAAUAAGACAGUUGAAGGAGAAGAUUGGGGUAUUAACUGUGGAACUGGAAAAGUGCAAAGCCGACAAUGUCAAGCUAUAUGGGAAGAUUCGCUAUGUCCAAGAUUAUAAUCUUGAGAAAGUCGUUUCUAGGGGAUCUAAAAAGUAUGCAGAAGAUCUUGAAAGUGGCUUCGCAUCUGAUGUGGAAUCUAAAUACAAGAAGAUAUAUGAGGAUGAUAUAAACCCUUUUGCAGCAUUCUCAAAGAAGGAAAGGGAUCAAAGAUACAAGGAAUUGGGAAUCAGGGACAGAAUUACGCUCAGCAGUGGACGAUUUCUUCUUGGUAACAAAUAUGCUCGAACUUUUGCAUUCUUUUAUACUAUUGGAUUGCAUGUCUUGGUCUUCACCUGUCUCUACCGAAUGUCAGCUCUGAGUUACCUUAGCAAUGGACCAGAAGAAUUCUUGGUUGGAGAGAAGAAUGUUAAUCUUCCACGGGCACCAUAGUGGCUAUUCAACUAUAAUUUUCGGUGGUGGUCAUUUUCUUCUACUUGAAUGGUACAACUAAAAUUCAGAGGUCAUUUUCUCAACUUGUACGGGGCACGUGGCGGGUUGGUCAAUUUUUACCAAUGGUGUGUGACCACAUUGUCAAUAUUCAAUUAAUAUAAAAUAAAUUUACUGUUUGUACAUAUGAUAGUGUUGUUUAAUGCAAAUGGGAUAUAGGAUAUUCAAUGAAUACUCAAUACAUUGUUAAUUUCAAUUAACAUAAAAUACAAAAGAAAAUGGGGACACAUUGUCAUUAGUCAAUACAAUUUUUAAUGAGAUAUAGUUA